CCCAAUAUGGCAGAAAUGGUAGGACUCGCAGCAUAACCGAAACAACAUUUCCAGCUUAACAGUAACAAACUCGCACAUUAGGUCGAUUUCCGAGAACCGACCGCAGACAUGAGGGAAAGACAAAAGAAGAAGAAAGGGAGGACGUGGGCAGAAGCUGCAAAAACGGUGCUUGAGAAGUAUCCAAACACACCGAUGAGUCAUAAAGAGAUCCUGCAGGUGAUUCAGCGAGAACGACUCAAGGAGAUAAGUGGUACUUCUCCCCUCGCCUGCCUCAACGCCAUGCUCCACACAAACUCCCGGGGUGAGGAGGGGAUAUUCUACAAAGUCCCUGGUCGAAUGGGAGUCUAUACGUUGAAGAAGGACAUUGCGGAUGUGGUGAAGGAGCUAUCAGAGGAGGCUUCUGAAGAUAGCAGUGAUAACUUUUCUGACAUGCGGAACACAGAAAACAACACCAGUGGCAGCAGCAAAGAAGGCAGUAGAGGAAGGUGGAAAAGAAGAGGGCCAGCAAAUCUGCAGUCACAGCCAUCUUCCCCACAGUCUCGCUGCUCUUCUCCUUCAGUCUCCAGCAGCAAGCUCAUCUCUUCAUCCCAGAAACACAGCAAAAAAGCACUUAAGCAGGCUCUGAAACAACAGCAGCAGAGGAAUCAACGCCGUCAAUGUGGGAUCCCCACAGCCUCCAGCCCACGACUUCUACUUAAAACUGUUAAAAGUAUUACUGAUUCCGCAGCCUCCAAAACUGGCUGGGAACUAAAACAGUCGGAGCGUUGCCCUCCCAGUCCCCAGAACUCCACCUCUAGCUCCUCCUCCUCUGUUAAAGCAGACGCGUGCCACACCGUUGGUUCCCGGAAGAUGUCUCAGCGUUCCAGUCGACUCAACGCCCGCCAGUUGAGACGAACUAAGUGUGAAAUUGACGUGGAGACACCCGAUUCCAUCCUGGUCAACACUAAUCUACGGGCCUUAAUCAAUAAACACACAUUUUCCUUGUUGCCCCCAGAGUGUCAGCAGAAACUUCUGAAGCUACUGCCAGAGAUUGACCAGCAGUCAUGCAUGGAUGGGCUCCUGAGAGUAACUAGUUCUGCUUUGAACAACGAGUUUUUCACAUCUGCAGCACAGUCUUGGAAGGAGAGGCUAGCCGAAGGUGAAUUCACCCCAGAGUUAAGACUGAGGAUGCGGCAAGAAAUUGAGAAAGAGAAGAAAGUGGAGCAUUGGAAAGAGCACUUCUUUGAAAGUUUCUAUGGAGAACAGUCUGGAUUAAGCCUUGAGGAAUCCAGAGAGCUGACGGAGAUUGAAAACACUUCUACGCCAGCUAAAGACUCAUCCCAGCCUGAAAAAACAGAGUCUAGUCGAGAAGCACAGAAACCAAACCACACUGUUGAGGUCACCCACAAGGAGCUGAGAUCCAGAGAGGUGAAAACAUCAGUGUCUGUAAGCCAUCCAGAACCGGAGUCCGUCCAUGCUGACCCAGUCACAGAAAGUCAUUCAGCUUCUGAUGAGACAUCUUCAAACGCAAACACUGCAUCUGUGACACAGGAGGAAGCUACACCUGCUGCAGAGAAAUUGGUGGAACCGUUAGCGUCGAGUGUAGAUGAAAAGGUACAAGAGAGCAAGACUAAUAGUCCAGCAUCCUCUCAAGAACCUAGUUCUAAAAGAAAGGAUACCAUAGAGAGUGAGUCGAUAAAAGUUAAAGAGGUUGUGUCACAAACAUCUGACACUACUACUGAGUCACUGAAGCGGAAACUCUCAAGUGAACAAGAAGUAGCAGAGAAGAAACCUCGGGUUGAAGAAGGGUCGCCCCUACCCUCAACAGAAGGGUCACCGUCAACAACAACUGCACAACAGAAAGUGCCACCCCUUAAAAUCCGUGUGUCACGAAUCAUGUCUGCCCCUGGAGCUCCAGGCCAAGUGUCUCCAAGGACUCCUCAUCCUUUGACACCACCCAGUAUCCGUCCAGGAUGCACUGGUGCACGCACUUUAGCUGACAUCAAAGCUAAAGCCAAACUAGCUCGGGAACAGCGUGCUGCGGCGGCUGCAGCAGCAGGUGCAACACGUAGAGGAUCCACCGGAUGUACCUCCACGCCCUCCCCAGUCCAGUCCUUGUCAGAAGAGUUUUCACCAGCAAGCAGUAGAAGCCAGUCUGUAUCUCCAGUAAAGAUUAGCUCAGUGUCUCCUGUCCCUGAGAGCACAGGAGUUCUCUCCCAAACAUCUCCUUCCUCCUGUGCUACUGGGCAGUUGGACCCUAGUUUUGUUCAAAGCUCUAGCACAAACCAGUUUUUUUCAAAAGAAACCAGGUCCUUUCUGGGUUCCCAGAUCUCUCAGCAUGCAUCAAAUCCUCAUUUGAAGGAGCACUGUGUUCUCCACUCUGUUGGUGGAAUGCAGAUAUCACCUUCAACUGUGCUGCCACACAGCCCAAAAGCACAAGAGGCACCUUUGCCAGGGACCUCAGUGAUCAAACCCAGCUCCUUAAUUCCUGCCAAUAACCCGCUGGUCGCUCAGCUCCUUCAAGGUAAAGAAGUUCCUCUGGAGAAGAUUCUUCCAAAACCACCCGCCAAGAUAAAUGUGCAGCCUGCGACUGUUGUAGCACAAGAUAAAGGGAACUUGGCUGUCAGGACAUCGGGGCUGGGGAAGGAGAAACCUAUACAUGCAGAGGACGUUAGCAGAUCUAGACUGCUGCAUUGCUCAGGCAGACCUGGGACCACUGUGGACAAGCUGGACAAGAACACCCAGGAGCAGAUUCUCCAUGUUCUAAGACACAGAAGUCAGCAGAACCGAAUCUCUCAGCCGUCCCAAUUUGAGCCCUGUGUGCUCGGCUAUCCAGAGAGCUCUAAUGACCAACCAAGGUUCCAACUAGGCCUCAUUGGACGAAAGAGAGUGUCCAAGCCUGCCAUGACAGGGCACUAUCUCCUAAAUAUCUCCACAUAUGGCAGAGGGACUGAGAGCAGCAAACGGCCUCAUUUGGCCAAUGUAAAGAGAGAAAAUGUGGAAGGAGAAGAGAAAGAAGUGGUAGAACUUAAAGAAGGUCGUCAGGCUUCUUUAAAAGGGCAUUCUAACCCUCCUGGAAUUAAAGUUGAACAGCAAGGAUCUCGCAUCACAAAACCAGAUGAUUCUCCAGGAUACCAGCAGUGUGCUCAAAUAAAGUUAGAGUCUCAGUCACUGAGUUGUUCCUCCAAUAAAGAAGGUGGCACUUCUACAAGAACCAAAGAAAUAUCUCCAAGAUUGCACCUUGACACCAGUAAACAGGGUAACUCAGGGCCGCAUCAUUCAGGUGACUGUAAGCCACAAGUAACAUCCUUCCAGUCACAGAAGUCACAAGAUGGACAAGAAACUAUGACGGGUACUUUCUAUGGUGGCACUAUCAGCAUGUCCAUGCCUCACUCAAUAAAUCAUACCAUCCCUGACUCUGGUGCCUCUACUACGGUUACCUGCAGUAAUGAGAACGCCAGUGAGGGGAUGAUGUCAUUUUCCGUGACUGUCACUGCCAUACCUGCCAGUCACCUUCUCGAUCAGGGUAAAGGUGAGACCUCACCUGAGCAGGCCUUCAUAGAAGCUUCUGGAAUGGAGGACGUCCAGUCGAAAUGCUACUGUCGGCUAAAGGCCAUGAUCAUGUGCAAGGGGUGUGGGGCCUUCUGUCAUGAUGACUGCAUUGGACCCUCCAAACUGUGUGUUUCCUGCUUGGUGGUACGAUAAUGGUGACGAGGACCAAAGGUGAUCUUAAAGUUAAACGAUCAAGUAAGUGCGAAGAGUUUCAAGUGAAUGGUGGACUUCUCACUGUGUUGAUGUGUCCAUAGGAGUUUGGCUUUUAUGCUGUUGAUCUCUGGCUUUCCAGACAUUUAGUAUGUACAUGUACAUAAUUUGUGCAAUGUUCGAGUAAAACUUCCUCUCAGUUCAUUUACUGAAAACUGAGCACCUUGUUCUAGAUGCAAGACUUCUUGAAUAGUGGCAAUAUAUAAACGCUGGUCAUGUUCUGUAAUAUAUACUUAUAUAUUUUCAUUUUAGAAAUUCGAGUAACGGUAUACUACUAUUUUUGUAGAUCUGAAUAUCAUGACCAUCCCUUUCGUUUUUUGCUUCCUUUUAAAUCAGUCAUUUUUUAAAUACUGUGCAGUGUGUUGGAUCACUAACAAUAAUAAUAAUAAUAAUAAUAUGUACUUAUUCAGCAAAGCAAUUUUUGUUGAAUAGUUUAAGCCUUAGUAACUCAAGCAAAGAUCCAGACAGCUAAAAUACCAAUUACUUUUGAGAAUUACUGUGACAAAAAAAAAAAAAAAGAUUAUUUUAAUGACUUGCCUUAUGUCUAGGCUAAAAGUGGUACUCUUAGACGUGAGUAGCAUCAGUGGUAGAUAUAAACAUGAAAUUAUUUAUGGAGCAGAAGGGACUAAAUACCACAGGCUAGCACUAAUCCUCAAUCACUUUUUGGUGUAUCAUGGACUAAAAGGACUGAAUUAUUUUGGUAACUGAAAGUGGCAAUAAUUUGUACAUUUGUUAUAUUUAUUAAAAGAAUCAUCUAAAUUUAAGAGAGAAUCAAAAUCCCUUAUAUCUAUCUUCUUUUUAGGGUUGCACUUUUGUAUAAAAAAAAUAUAUGGUAACUUGAAUGCUCGCUGCUCACUGUGUAGUAUGUUGUGAGUAAGUUGAUUAGGAUGGGAGCUAAAGCACUUCUCAAUGACAUAAUCUAAUGUUCCCUCUCAGGAGCAAACCCAGGUCUUCUUCGUUUCACUAUUUGUCUAAACACUCCUUAUGUUUGCCAGUGAGGAGUGUGAACUGACAGUGAAGUUCCAAGACUGUAGAUAUUCUUUAAAACUUUCAAAAGAAAUCAGUUUUUUUAAAUGUAAUGUUGAUUAAUAUAAGCCAAUGUGUGAGAAUUUGUUUUUUAUUGUGUAAAUAUACACUUUUCUGAGAUUUUAUCCACUUUUUAUGACCUUUCAUCUAUGACACAAAUCACACUACACAGCAAAAAAAAAAGUCUCAUGAGUGAUAUCUUGAAUAUAGUCAAAUUAAUCUAGUGUUUCCUAUUAUAAAAUUUAGGCUGGUAACGAUUCACCCAAUUCACGAUAUCGUGUUCACGAUAUUUUUGAGAAAAUAUUAAAUAAAUAAAUAAAACGUACUAUUACCAAAAAAUUGCAACAUUCCUAUGUAUUUUUCUUCGGCUUGUCCCAAUUAAAGGAGCAGCCACAGCGGAUUUGUUCUGCAUAUUUGAUUUGGCAUAGAAGUUUUUUUUUUUUAAAUUAGAUGCCCUUCCUGACGCAACCCUUCCCAAUCUAUCCGGGCUUGGGACCGGCACUAAGUAUGCACUGGCUCGUACAAUCCCAGUGGCUGGGUAUUUUUUACCUUAAUCUGCAUGUCUUUGGACUGUGGUGGAAACCGGAGCACCCGGAGAAAACCCACACAGACACGGGGAGAACAUGCAAACUCCACACAGAAAGGCCCCUGUGAGGUUCAAACCCUGAAACUUCUUGCUGUGAGGCAAUAGUGCUAACCACUACACCAACAUGCCGCCUAUUGUUUAUCAAAUUAAAUAUUCAUUUAGUUAAAUAAAAUACCCUUUUGUUUCAUUUUUAAUAACCAACAAUUAUUUACACACACUUGUAAAUGUUGGAUAAAAUAUAAUAAUUUAUUUUUUUCGUGGUGCAGUUUCCAUCAAAUCCUGCGCUCUGAUUGGCUGGCGAGCGGGUCUGUAUCCUACGAUACGGAUCCCGGUUACGGACCUCUGGCGACUCGCUCGUUCACAACAACAACAAACUUAGUAGAAUUUUUUGUCAACAUUUAUCUUUUUUUACAAGAUUUAUUUAUAAGAUUAUCAAAAAUCUUAUUAAUUUUUGCCUGCAUUUCUCAGGAGAAUAGCAUUAAUUUUACAGCCUGGCUAGCGAUAACGACAGUCUUCACAGCAAAAGCGAGUUUUACUACCCUGAGGAAGAAGAAAUAAAAGAAAACCUUUCAGGAGAAAGCUAAAAACCUCUAACUUGCUAACGCCGAGCAAAAACAUGGCUGAAUCCUGAAUGACUCAAUUUUGUAUAAAUAGGGGACUACAUAGGCGGCAAAAUGUAGGGGUUUUUUUCCUGCCAUGGAAGUGCACUUGUAUACCGAGGAGGAAGCAAUUUGCAUUACAGCUGUGAAUGAGGAUUCAAAAUGGCGGCUUGCCUCGGCUCAGUUUUCCGUUUCGGGCGCUCUCGUUUUCUGUUAGAAUUUGGUAAAGAAAAAAAUAAAUAUAUUAUUUACCAGCUUAAGGUCGGUCCGUAUGGUGAAAUACCGUGACCUCGGCCUCGAAUACUGACCUCGGCCCGGAGGGCCUCGCUCAGUACUUUCAAGACCUCGGUCACGGUAUUUCACCAUACGGACCUCCCAGCUGGUAAAUAACAUAUAUCUAUUAACAAAAAUACCGGCGAGUGGCCUAGUGGUUAGUGUGUCCGCCUCUCGAUCGGGAAAUCGCGAAUUCUACUCAUGGUCAGGUCAUACCAUAAAAAUGGUGCCUUCUGGCAAGGCACGCUGCAAUACAGAUGCGAGUGGGGGAGUCAAACUCUUGUAGUUACCAGAGGACUAGCCCCCCACUGUAACCCUAGCUAUGUAAUAUAGACGAGAGGCCGAGGGCUACGAAACGGCGAUCGGCGCCGCCAAACGCGCCAUGAAUGGUGUGGGAAGGACUUUGAUUGAUUAACAAAAAUGUUCCUUUUAUUAAAAAUUAAAAAGUUAAUAACAGGCCUUUUCUAAAUAAACUUUUAUGAACACUUCUACUACCUUCAUUUUAUUCUCUUUUCUUUAUCUUUCAGCAGUCUGUAGAAAGAGAACUCUGAUUUCUUGUUAAAUCUAUUUGUACAGUCAAUCAUACAACAGCUCUUAAAAAAGAAGAAUGCCUUUAUUGUCACGAAAUUUAGUUCAUCAUAGAAGAGCAAAGCUGCUGCGUACGUGCUCGCUGCCACUCUUGGGCACUUCAGCCCAAGCCCGCCCCAUGUUAACCUAACUGCAUGUCUUUGGACUGUGGGGGAAACCGAUGCACUGGGAAGAAACCCACGCAGACACGGGGAGAACAUGCAAAGUCCACACAGUAAGGCCCCUGUCGCCCACUGGGCUCGAACCCAGAACCUUUUAGCUAGCCAUUUUAGAUCUGUGUUUUUGUGUGUUUUCCCUACUGAGCUCUAUAUAAAAUCUGGAGAGCUCAUAGGCUCAUCAGAGCGAAGCCAUCUGGCCGCCAUCUUACCAUUCACAUUGCGUGUAUUUGGUUUGUGUUAAACUGUCGUAUCCGAUCAAAUUUGCCCCAAGAAAAGUAUCUCCUGACUUUUUUUCCCUUUCAUUACCUCCUCUUCAUUUUCUCAACUUGACCAACGUUCCUUACAUAUCUUUAUUGCACUCCUCUUCACUGUUCUUGGUUUUUUGGCUUUUUUUCCCUUUUUCCAGUUCAGUCUCUGAUCAUUUUUUUGAACGUCUCUUUUGCUACUAUAAUAAUUUUUACGGAG